UACAAAAAAUUUCCGCUCUCUUCUAUGAUAUAGGGUUAUCGGAUUUCCACAUUCUUUAUUUCAGAGUAGCUCAAUGCCAGACCUAGGCAAUAUCUCUCUCUCCCUCACCCGCUGCUCUACUCUAAAGCCUAUCCCUCCUCCUCCUUCUCCUCCUCCUCUUGCUGACACCCAUUUGGAUUUGGAUUUGGAUUUGGACGCCACUCCUCUCUGUUCCGCUUCCGUCAAAACCCUAGUCAAUGACUGCAACUGGGAUGCGAAACUUAAACUUCCUAUCGUUGACUCCUGCAAUGGUGACUCUAUUAGGGUCGUGAGGCGCAGCCGCGGGGUUGCCAAGAAAGGGCCUAGUGGUAAAUGCUUGAAUGAUUACGUUGGGGCUUGGGUCCAGAAGAAGAUGGAUUCUGGCGUCCCGCAGUCUCGAUGCUCUCUUCCUUUUCUGGUUGGAUCAAAGAAAAUUGUUGAGUGUCUUGUUUGCCAUGGCUUUAUCCUCCCUGGGGAAGAGGUAAUAUGCACUGUUCGUAAUUGUGAAGGAGUUUAUCACUUGCUAUGUGCGAAGGAAAAACUAGGUGUCUCAAAUCUUGAAAAAUUUAAGUGUCCACAACAUGCAUGCUUCAUUUGCAAACAAAAACUUCAUUGGCGGUGUGUGAGAUGCUCUAUUGCAUCACAUGAUAAGUGUGGCCCAUGGCCAGAUAAAGUGAUUCAUUUGAUAAAUCAACAAGGACGAGCAGUAUGUUGGAGACAUCCAACUAACUGGCGGUUAGAUAAGAAGCAUAUGCUUCCAACAAGAGAUAUAGAGGAGGUAUUUUGUCGCUUGCCUCUACCUUACAUUGAUGAAGAGUUCAAGAUUGACUUAACAUGGAAAGGUGUGAUGGAGAAUAAACUAGAGCCACCUCCAUAUGUGCAUAUCAGACGGAAUGUUUAUCUGGUCAAGAAAAAGCGUGAUGUUGGUGACAAUGAUGUUGGAUGCACAAAUUGCACUUCUACUUGCUGUGCUGAUUGCGUGUGCAGGGUUCAAUGUAUAAGCUGCUCAAGGGCAUGUCGUUGCCCUGAAAAUUGCACCAACAGGCCAUUUCGCAAAGAAAAAAAGAUCAAGAUUGUCAAGACUGAAUUUUGUGGUUGGGGAGUAGAGGCAGCAGAACCAAUAAGCAAGGGCGAUUUUAUAAUCGAGUAUAUUGGGGAAGUGAUUGAUGAUGCACUGUGCGAACAAAGACUGUGGGACAUGAAAUACAAAGGCGUACAGAAUUUUUACAUGUGUGAAAUCCGAAAAGACUUCACAAUUGAUGCAACUUUUAAGGGGAAUACAUCUCGCUUUCUAAAUCACAGUUGUGAUCCCAACUGCAUCCUGGAAAAGUGGCAGGUUGAAGGAGAGACACGAGUGGGUGUGUUUGCUGCUCGUUCAAUAAAAGUCGGAGAGCCAUUGACGUAUGAUUACAGAUUUGUGCAAUUUGGACCAGAGGUGAAGUGCUAUUGUGGUGCUCCAAAUUGUCAUGGUUACCUUGGAACUCACCUUGGAACUAAAAGAAGGAUUGCUAAGCUAAACUUCUGCUGGGGUGCAAAACGCAGAAGAUCAUCAAGUUCCUGCUUAGCUGUUGUAACCAUAUGAUCCUUACCGGCAACCCAUCUCCAGUGUGCCGCAAAAUGUUGUAUAUUUUCUAUGAUGACGUAUGGACGAGGUGGAAGUAAAACCACCCAAAUCUCAGUGUCAUUGUUAUACCAUUGAAGCCGUAAACAUUCAUAAGAAAAUGUAAUUUUUUCCUGGUUAACGAUUUCUUGGAUUUUCCUUCUAAUUGGUUUUGCAACAUUGUAUAAGAGUGCAUGUAAUUGAUUUCCCCAAGUGGGGUAUUACACAGAUCUUUUUAAAGGCUAAUUCAAGCUUCAGAAGAUUCAAAGCUUCCAAUUGAGCGUUUGAGGUAUGGAAACUCAGCAAUCCCUAACUUAGAUUUCUUUGAGGC